ACGCCGGAUCUUGUCACCCGCUCACACUCGCAUCGUGGACUGCCGUCGAUCUCCGGCCGGCGAGUAGGAGGAUCAUGGCGACGGAGGCAGCGCCGGAGUGGCUGGAGAAGGGCGACAACGCGUGGCAGCUGGCGGCGGCGGCGCUGGUGGGGCUGCAGAGCGUGCCGGGCCUGGUCAUCCUCUACGGCAGCAUCGUCAAGAAGAAGUGGGCCGUCAACUCCGCCCUCAUGGCGCUCUACGCCUUCGCCGCCACCAUGCUCUGCUGGUGCCUCUGGGGCUUCCGCAUGUCCUUCGGCGACCGCCUCCUCCCCUUCGUCGGCCGCCCCGACUUCGCCGGCCUCGACGCCGCCGGCUUCCUCUCCGCCCAGGGCUUCGCUGGCGCCUACCCCGCCGCCACGCUCCUGUUCUUCCAGUUCGUCUUCGCCGCCAUCACGCUCAUCCUCGUCGCCGGCUCGCUCCUCGGCCGCAUGGACUUCCGGGCCUGGAUGAUCUUCGUGCCCCUCUGGCUCACCUUCUCCUACACCGUCGGCGCCUUCAGCGUCUGGAGCCCCAACGGGUUCCUCUUCAAGGCCGGCGUCAUGGACUUCGCCGGCGGCUACGUCAUCCACCUCUCCUCCGGCAUCGCCGGCUUCACCGCCGCCUUCUGGGUCGGCCCCAGGACGGCCAAGGACAGGGAGGCCUUCCCGCCCAACAACAUCCUCCUCACGCUCGCCGGCGCCGGGCUGCUGUGGAUGGGGUGGACGGGGUUCAACGGCGGCGCGCCGUACGCCGCCAACAUCGACGCGUCCGUCGCCGUCGUCAACACGCACCUCUGCACGGCCACGAGCCUCCUGGUGUGGCUCAUCCUCGACUGCUUCGUCUUCGGCCGCCCCUCCGCCAUCGGCGCCGUCCAGGGCAUGAUCACCGGCCUCGUGUGCAUCACCCCGGGCGCGGGGCUGGUGCAGGGCUGGGCGGCGAUGCUGAUGGGGCUCGUCUCCGGGAGCGUGCCGUGGUUCACCAUGAUGGUGCUGCACAAGCGGUACCGGAUCCUGAGGCACGUCGACGACACGCUCGCCAUCCUCCACACGCACGCCGUGGCCGGCAGCAUCGGCGGCCUCAUGACGGGCCUCCUGGCGGAGCCGCGGCUAUGCCGGCUCUUCUUCGGCGACGACCCGCGGUACGUGGGCUUCGUGUACGCGGUCAGGGGCGGGCGCGUCUCCGCGGGGCUUCGGCAGAUGGGCGUGCAGCUGGCCGGGAUCGCAUUCAUCGUGGCGCUAAACGUCGUCGUCACGAGCAUCGUGUGCCUGCUCGUCAGGGUGGCCGUGCCGCUCCGGCUCAGCGAGGAGCAGCUGGCGGCCGGCGACGACGCCAUACACGGCGAGGACGCGUACGCGGUGUGGGGCGACGGCGAGACGUACGAGCAGUCCGUGCACGGGAGCCGGCGAUACCAAAUGACGGCCAAUCCUAUGUCGUCCAAGGUUGAUGAGAUCAUCUGA